GGGAGUAGACGUGAGUAAGAGAGAGAGAGAGAGAGAGAGAGAUACGGACUCUCUUUUCUCUCUCUGUCUUCUCGUUCGUCGUUUCGUCUGUUCUCCGAUUAAAAAGAAAGAAAGAGAGACAGAUAGAAAACUGGAAAGGAGAAAAAGAAAGAAUAUAUAUAUAUAUAUAUAAGGAGAGAGAGAGAGAGAGAGAAAGACAGAGAGUACGCAUGUAAAUUUCGUGACGUCAAAAAAGAGAGGAACUUCUUGUCAUUGACAUCGGUAUUCAGUUUUCUCUGUGUGUGAAUAAAGAGAUAAGAGAAAAGAGAGAUCCGAGAAGAGUUUUGAGUGUUGAAAAGGAAAAGAGAAAGAGAGCAAGAGAGAGAGAGAGAGAGAGAGAGAGGAAAAGGUGACGUGUGCAAGAAAGAAAGAGAAAGAGAGAAUGUGCAUUGAGUCAACGAUACACGUUAGUGGAACGUAUACUUUGGAACCACUUUGAGAGUCAGAAAGAGAUAGAUAGAUAGAUCGAGAGAGACAGAGAGAGAGAGAGAGAGAGAACGAUUCUUUCGAUCACGCUCGAGAAAGAUGCGUUCGCGCGUACCAGUAUCGCGGAGGACGACGACGACGAAAGAGAGGAGGCGCCAUCGCGAAAUCGUCGUCGGUCGUCGCGCGUGAGUCAGUCGGCCCGUCGUGGAUCGUAACGGGCGGCCGCCACCACGUACAAGAUGGCUUCGGGCGACAAUGUGGACGCGAUCGAGGUUGUAGAAACGAGUUUCGCCGGACCGGCCCAACCUGCCGAGGAUUCGAGGAGGACCGAGCAAUCCGCCGAGGAAGACAAUAAAUCCACGGGGGAGAAAGUAGCGGCACUCGAUAACUCAAUAACGCAACAUGGCACGGCGGGACUCAAAACCCCUGCGGGGGUGUCGAGAAAUAAAUCGGAAAGGGAAAGGAAGAUUGGACAUCGUCGUGUUGGUGUGGGAGGUGAAAUCACGUACAAAAAGAUACAAACGACACAGAUUAUGGGAUCUAUACAGCUUGGUAUACAACAUGCGGUCGGUGGUCUAGCAAGUAAGCCAGAACGAGAUUUACUCAUGCAAGAUUUCAUGACCGUCGAGACAACGAAUUUUCCAAGCGAGGGAUCUAAUCACACUCCGGCUCAUCAUUUCUCCGAAUUUAAAUUUAAAAAUUACGCCCCAAUUGCAUUUCGAUAUUUUAGGGAUCUCUUUGGAAUUCAACCGGACGACUUUUUGAUGUCGAUGUGUAGCGCACCUUUGCGUGAAUUAUCCAAUCCAGGUGCCAGUGGAAGUAUAUUCUAUUUAACGGAGGACGAUGAAUUUAUUAUUAAGACUGUACAGCAUAAAGAGGGAGAAUUUUUGCAAACUCUUCUUCCAGGAUAUUACAUGAAUUUAAAUCAGAACCCAAGAACACUGUUACCAAAAUUUUUCGGCUUGUAUUGUUAUCGUUGUAACAGUAAAAAUGUUCGAUUAGUCGCUAUGAAUAAUCUACUUCCGUCGUCAGUAAAAUUGCAUCAAAAGUAUGAUCUUAAAGGAUCGACGUAUAAGAGAAAGGCAUCAAAGAUGGAAAGAUCGAAGUCGUCACCAACGUACAAGGAUUUAGAUUUUAUGGAACACCAUCAGGAAGGAAUCUUUCUCGAAGCAGACACAUACAAUGCACUUGUCAAAACUAUACAACGUGAUUGUCGCGUUUUAGAGAGUUUCAAGAUCAUGGAUUAUUCCCUUUUAGUUGGGAUACAUAAUCUUGAUCAAGCCGCAAGGGAAAAAGCUCAGGAACAAAGAAUAUCAGCCAGUGCCGACGACGAGAUUGGUGAUGUCGCAGGCGAGGGUGGUGCUUUUAUUCAAACGGACAGAGAACGCGAUAGAGAGGACAGAAUAGGUGCUACGGCAUUGAAUCGAUCGAGAAGCAUAAACAGGCAAAGGUUGGUCGCUCAUAGUACAGCUAUGGAGAGUAUUCAAGCUGAGAGCGAACCGAUCGACGAAGAGGACGAUGUUCCCAGUCCUGGUGGUAUACCUGCAAGAAAUGCUCGUGGUGAACGGCUAUUAUUAUUUCUUGGUAUCAUUGACAUUUUGCAGAGCUACAGACUUAAGAAGAAGCUCGAGCAUACGUGGAAAUCAAUGAUACACGAUGGUGAUACAGUAUCAGUACACCGACCAGGAUUUUAUGCUCAGCGUUUUCAAGACUUUAUGGCCAAGACAGUAUUCAAGAAGAUACCUUCACUGGACCUGCCUGAGAUUAAGGGGAACCAUCGCAAAUUCCGUAACCUCGUCACCAGCUACAUAGCACUGAAACAUUCCCCCUCGAAGAGAAAAAGUAUAACGAGGCCAUUGAGGCCAUUAGAGGGUGACUUCGAUUCGACCGCGGUGGCGGCAAUGGGAACCUCGACAAUGCAUGCUACGUCACCCACGAAGCCCGGGAGCCCAACGGAUAUCGCGGCCUCUACUACCACAAGCACGGUCAUUUCGAGUGGUUCGAUCCCGAUCGCUACAUCGACUCCUGUCAAUCUACCAACUGGUUCAGUGAGUCCACCGCCAUUGGCCUUGAGCAUCACCGGACAGGCCAUUCCUCAUCAAGAACAAAACGCUUUGGGUAUCGGUGUUAUUGGGAAAUCAUCGUCGUCAGCAGCGGCAACAUCAACGACGACAGGAGUAGGAGCAGGAGCUGGCGCAGGAACGACCACUUAUCCAGCCGUUUUAAAGGGCAGAAGUGCAGCUAGUCCUCCUAAUCCAAAUUUGGUGCCUUCCGGAAAGGUUCCACCACCUGUACCACCUAGAGGCUCUGGGUCUAGGUCUGCCAGAUCACCUGGACCACCUGCCACAACCUCCUCGUCUUCUAUAACUUCCAGCCGAGGUGGCACCCUUCCCUCUACCUGUUCCACCCCGCCCCCGCCUUUUGACGAUGCAGUCCGCUCGAACGACCAGACAUUGGCUUCUGGUGGUCACCUACAGCAAGCUGUUACUACAAGUAUACUUACCAGCAGUCUGAGCAGUGCCCAUUCCAAGCAAAACAAGGUCGUCCAUCAUGUUACUCUUACUAAAACCAGUCAGGAUGCUGUGAGUAUAUCGGACGUACACUUGGAGAGUAGUGGAAGUGGUAGUGGUGGUAGCGGUGGUAGGGAGACAAAAUCAUCUCUGAGCGUUGAAAGUGGUGGUAGCAGUCGUGGUGGUGGAGGUUUAACGUGGACACCACCAGCAGGUAGUGCCGAGGGAUCAACCCCAACGUGGACCGAAGGGACUCCAUCAUUCACCGAAAGUUCUAGCAGCGGUGACAUAGGAUGUCCAACUACGCCAAUCAGAGGGAGUCAACGUUCCGAAGAUGGUGGAAGAAUUGCAGCGACCGUUGAAGAGGCACUAGCCAGUCUCACCACCGAAAUGACCCACCUCUAGGAGAGCGUUCCAGAGAUAAUUUGCAUGAGAGGGAAUGAGUGAGUGUGUGGAGUGAGCGAUUGAGUGAGUGAAAGAGAGAAAGAAAGAAAGAAAGAAAGAAUUGCAGGAAAGAACAUGAAAAAAAGAAAAUAAUGAUACACCCGAAGAAAUCCAAAGCUGCAAUGUGGAAAAUAUUGAUAUUAAUGUAAGUCGAAAUUUUAUAGAUGUUAAUUGAAAUCGAGUUUUUUAUCUUUUUUUUUUUUUUUUUUUUUUUUUGUUUUCUUUUACUUAAAAAUCAUUCAUAUACUCUUCCUUCCUUCUGGCGUUUUUAAAUGUGCGAAUAAAUGAGGAAGAUAUGAGAGAGUAUAUUGAAAUGAAUAUAAUGAUAGAAAGAGAAACAAAAGAAGAAAUAGAUAAGAGGAUGGGAUCGAUCGUAUUAUUUAUUAGAGAUAUUAUUUCUUUUUUCUUUUUUCUUUUUGUAUUUCUUUUUUUUUUUUCUUGUAUUUUUUUCCUUUCUUUUUUUUUUUGUUUUUGUUUUUUUUUUUUUUUUUUUUUUUUUCGGAACACCUAGAGAGUGUUGCGGUGAUAACAGAGUUCAAGAGACUUUAUGGGAAGAAUUGUAAAAUGGACAGACAGAAUGAUAUCAAGUUUAAUCAUUCUCUCGUUUUAAUUAUUAAUUUUAUUGAAAUAAUUUAUUAGGAAAGAUUCGGCAGAAGUUAAAAUGAGAAAAGGAAAAAAAAAGGUGGAAAAAGGAAGAAAGGAAAGAAAUUUGUUCCUAAAUUUUUUUUUUUCUCUAACGCGGAAAUUUAUUUUUAAUAUAUCGAAUGCGUAUAGAUAUUUUUUGUUAAUUAAUUAUCUUUCUCGUUAUUCUGUCUUUCAAUCGUCGUCUCUCUAAUAAACGCAUUUCUUUUGUAUUAAAUUACUCGCAACACAUAUAUAUAUAUAUAUAUAUAUAUAUGGGGCAAAAGUCUCUAGGUAUAGAUCAAAAAAUCUUUCCUAUGUGAUUUGUAAAAAUCAAUUGCUCCUCUUUUUCAAAAUUGUUUUGGGAUAAUAUUACUUCUCUUUUUUUUUCCUUUUUUUUUUUUUCUUUUUUUUCUCUAAAACCGAGAAAAUUACAAGCUCAGCUCGUAAUUUACGGCAAGUAUAUAAAAGACGAGAAACCGAACGAAUCUUGAAAAAUAUUUAUUUAUUUAAUUUUACAAUAUCACGUAGGAACCCAUUUUGGCGCACCCAUGAAACUUAUGGCCAAUUCUUGUAUAAUAAAUUCUAAAAAAUGAAAAAAAAGCAAAAUCGCGCCAGUAUUAAAAUCAAAAGGUUGUGCGUUUGCAUUUGUUCUUUAUAUAUAUAUAUAUAUAUAUACGUAAAAAAAUUUAUUACGUAUAUAUAUAUAUAUAUAUACGUAAAAAAAUUUAUUUGUUGUUUAUUUGUUUUUUUUAAGGGGUUGGGGAAGAUGGGAGAGAAGAGUUUCGUUAACGAUCAAGUUAUAUAUAUAUAUAUCUUCCUUUAAUCUUCGUUUAACAGAUCAAAAGUAAUAAAUAAAGGAAAAAGUAGGAUUUUACUAAUUCGAGAUAUGAGAUACGAUAUUAACAUCGAUCGUAAAUCUCGGAGGGCUGGGGGGAGGGGAAUUGAAGGAGAGAUAAAGGAAGAGAAAGCGAAACGAACGAGAUCGGUUAUAAUCGUUCUCAGGAUGGUCAUUUAAUGAGAAAAAAAAUAACAUUAAUAAAAUAAAAUGAGUAAAAAAUAAUUUAAAAAAAAAAGAAAAAAAAAAGAAAAGAAAAAAAAUAAUAAUAAAAAUAAAUGUAAGAAAGAUUUAAAAAAAAAAAAAGAAAGAAAAGAAAAGAAACAAAAGUAGGUUACGAUCUUUUUCAAGAUGAUUGACAUGGUCAUUGACCUUGACCGAGUAUAAAACUAGAAAAAAAAAUUAACAAUAAUAAUAAUAAUAAUAAUAAUAAUAAUAAUAAUAAUAAU